AACUUGGAAGAGGCAUAGUUCUGUUUUCGUCGUCUUCGUCUAACCUACAAGUCAAUCAGUGAGUUAAUCACUAUUGUGAAAAUGGCACUUAGAAUUUCACUUGGAAUAGUUACGAAUAGUCUAAAAUCAGCAGCUUUAGGAAGGAAUCGAGCAGUUGCAACAACUGCUGUUGCAUGUAAGAAUCUGAAAGAUGCUCCGAUCAUUGAUCCUGAGGAAGUUAUCCUACCACCUGAGGCUGUAGAACAUGAGAAACAGUUGGAGGGCUACAUCACUGUAGACACUCCACUGGAUAUUUCAAAGAUCACUGGAGUGCCUGAGGAGCACAUCAAGAACAGGAGGGUCCACAUUUACCAAACCCCCAAGAACGCCAUGCAGUCAGGCACUGACAACGUAGGCCUUUGGGCGAUGGAGUUUGAGACCCGCCAACGCUGGGAAAACCCGCUCAUGGGCUGGAGCUCAACUGGAGAUCCAUUGUCAAACAUGUCCCUGCAGUUCCGUAGUCAAGAUGACGCCAUUUCUUUCUGUGAGAAGAACGGAUGGCAGUGGUUUCUAGCCCCGCCGAAGAAAGCCCAACCUAAACCAAAAUCAUAUGCUUUGAACUUCUCUUGGGACCGGAGAACCCGAAAGUCUACAAAAUAAACUAAAAUUAAAUAUUACUAUCCGUAGUAUCAUAACAGUAAAACUUCUGAAUCAAGCCAGGUGUUUGUAAAUAUUAGUAAUUUACUUUUUCAUAAAAUGCUUUCAUUUACAUUUGUCAUGUAUUAUCUUGAAGUUGAAUAUAGUCUACCUGGAAUCAAUUUGGACUUGAAAAUAGUGUUUCCUAAAAAAUAUAUUAUUGUUGUGGCUGAAA